AUGUUCAGUAAGCUCAAGCUGAAGAAGGCACCCAUUUCAUUGACGAGCGUGUCGAACAAGCUCAAGACUUCAACCAUCAAUGACUUAAGUCCGACCAAUUUGAAGAGUAAAGACUUGGACAUUUACGCAGCAUAUCAAUUGGGGUUACCUAAUAACAGUAUAAUUGCCAGUGCCUUUGAUCCUGUUCAAAGUUUGUUGGCGGUGUCGACUAAAUCAUGUGAGGUUCGGGUGUUUGGGAGUAAGUAUGUUGAAGUUGUUUUUCUGUUUAACUUGAAGAACCCAAUCACCUUUUUACGGUUUGUUAAGGGAGUUUAUUUGGUUGCAGCUUGUUCACUGGGGAGCAUUCAAAUCAUAUCACUUCAUUCUAAGGAUGUUAUUGGCGCUUAUAAUGCUCCCAGCAUGAUUCUGUCCAUUGAAACAGAUCCAUCUGUUGAUUGGCUUAUCAUUGGUUUAGGCAAUGGGUCAGUGUUAUUCUAUGAUAUUGAUAGAUUAACCCUGACACCUUAUAGAAUGGAGAACUUACAGAAGCAAAUUCUUCCAAAGGAAAAACUACUGCCUGUUUUAGGUAUUGAAUGGAAUCCUAGAGAUUUGGGGACUGUUUUACUUACUUAUUCCCAUUGUGCUAUCAUCUAUUCAUUGGCAACGGCUUCUAUUAAACAAUUUUUUGUAUACAGAUUGGAUAAAUCUGCUAGGGCAUUUGAAUAUUCCAAACAUUUUGCCAAUAAUGGCAAGAAGAAACUUUUUGGCAGUGGUAAAGAUAUCAUCUCAGAAAUCACUGAAGCCCAUUGGCAUCCAAAUUCAUUACAUGUUGUUACUGUCCAUGCAGACAAUACUCUUGCCUUUUGGGAUGCCAAUGAUUCCACUUUAAUAGAAGCAAGAAUUGGAUCCGAAACAGGGGUAAAUAAACCAGGAAGUCCUAUCCCGUUACCAGAUCUACAAACCUUUAGACCAACUCAAACAGUUAGAUGGAUAUGUGGAGAAGAUGCAGAAUACACUCAAUUGGUCGUUGCCAAUAGUAAUCCUUCCAACUUGCUGUCUUUAACAAUUAUGGAUUUUGGUUACACAUUGAAGUAUUCUUUGACUUCUCAUGAUAAGCAAAGAGCAUUCUAUGCUACUCCAACAAAUGGCCAAAGACAAAUCAGCUUCAAAUUCAAUAAUACUUCAAAACCAGAUGUUGAACCGGAAUUUAUAAAAUCAAUAACUCCAAUAAAUUCUCCGUUUAUGCCUUACUAUGGUGGGAAUCAGAACCCAAUUUAUAUGAUGUUAAUAAGUAACUAUGGUUCCAUCUACUUUGUUACAUCACCAUUCACGCAAAUGGGAAUACCUGAUUUAGAUUCCUUGAUUUUACCUGAAACAUUGACUUCAUUGCAUCCUCCUACAACUUACAUGAAGGUUGAAACUGUUUCUCGAGUCUAUUGGUUUGGAAUUUUGAGUUCAAGAACCGGUGCAGCAGCUAAAUUUGGAACCCUAUUAAAAGGUGGGAUGGCUGCUUCAAGUGCCAUUUCCCCCAGAUCAGUGAAUUAUGAUGAUUCUGUUCGUCAAAUCUUAGUGUCGGGUCACAAGGGAGGAUAUGUGAGAUUAUGUGAUGUUUCAAGAAAUGAAAAUACAGAUUCAGAAAGCAUUGUUCAAUUAAAUUUGGCUCUGACCUUAUUUAAUGAUGGGAAUCCUAGAGCUAUGGAUGUUACUCAUGUUUCCACUGCCUUUGCCAGUAGAGAAAUGCUUGUGGGGUUGGCUAACGGAGAAGUAGUGGUGUGUAAGUUUGGCAAGGUGAACAAAUUGAUCCCCAGUAAACCUUCUACUGAUUAUACCCUGGCACCUGUUCAACAUCAAAAUGGGAAUGCUAAGUUGAUUUCCAUUUCCGAUCGGAUUCUGGGGUCCUUUGCUUCAACAUAUACGUUUUUACCAUCCUUCUUACUUCAAAUUAAAGGAAAUUAUGAUCCUAUUACUUGUUUGAAGAUGAAUGAUAUUGGUUUCGGUGCUAUUGCCUACAAAUCAGGUAGAUUGAUAGUAUGUGAUAUCACCAGAGGGCCUGCAAUCAUCUAUAAUCUUGAUGACAUUAAAGAGAAGUUGGUUACUGUUCAAGGUGAAUGUUUUGUAACAAGUGUGGAAUUUACAAUUAUGGAAUAUGGACAAGAUGGUUAUUCACUGAUUCUUUUAUGUGUUGGUACCAAUGGUGGAGGACAUUUCAUGACUUUUAAAAUUAUUCCUAGACCCAAUGGUGGGUUCCUGGUUGACUUUGCAGAGAGAACGGUCAAUCUUAAUUAUAAGGGGAUUGACAGCAAUGGUGAUGGUGUAGAUUCUUCAGCAGUUACUCACAUUAUUCCUAUUGAGAGUAAGAAGGGUGCAUCUGCAGUUGCAACUUUGGAUACCUUUCAUCAAUUAGGCCAAGGGAUCCCCAUUUCAGGGUAUUUGAUUCUUGGUUCCAAUAAUGAUCUUAGGGUUUUGAAACCCCCCAAGACUAAAUUGGCUCAUAAGGUUAUUGAUGAAGGGAUUGUGGGAUGUGGUGUGGUAGAUAUACAUGGAACUGGGGUUUGUUUAGUGUCGAUUCUGAAAGCAGGUUUCUUGAAGCUUUCAACUAUACCAUCACUUGGUGAUUUGGCUGAUAUCAAAUUGCCUAAAGAAAUCAGUCCACGGGUUGCAUACGGUAGUCAUAGGAGUACUCACUUAUCAAGAACCGGGGAAUUCUAUGUUUCAAAUGGAGGAAAUGAAGUUGAUAUCUUCUCUCUUUAUUUGAAGGACUUGAAUAAGCAUUAUAAGGGUAAACGGGUUACAGAUCAAUUAUUUGAUCCUGCUAUUGUCAUUCCUGCUCGUCCUGCAAUGAAUGUGUUACAAUGGGCUAAGGGUCUGCCAGCAGUUAGUGCAAAAGAUUUGGCUAAUUUGAUUGCUGGCCCCAACAGAAGACCUCCAAAGACUGAAGAAAGUAGAUUGGCCCACAAUAUUAGCCCUGAAGCUAACCCUAACCACCCAGGAUACGUUGCAGCUACUGGUAGUACGGGAGGAGGCUUGUCUGCCGAUAUGAAGGCUGGUUCUGGGUAUGAACAGAGUAGUCAGAGGUCCACCAACAUUGGUGGGGGACAAGGAUACAAUCAAUAUACUAAUGGUAUCAUGAGAUCGUUCCAGGACACCUGGAAUACUGCAGAAGAAACCUUGAAUGAUUAUGCUAAUUCCAUGAGUACAGCUAUGACAGAUACUUAUGAUUCAGGCAAGAAAUCCUUUUAUACCGGUGCUGUUAAGAGUAAAUUAGGUAUUUAA